AUGAACGGAGCUUCGCUCUGCAAUUCCGUUUUACUCCAUUCACGUUUUAAAUCACCGUGUCCCAUCGCUUCCUCUUCUCCUCCUUCGUCUAUAUAUCUGAGUUCUCCAUGUUUCACAACCUCUUCUUACAUCUCAUUUCCUCAUAGAUUUCGAACAAUCGUUAUCAAAAGGAACCAUGGGUUUCGUUCAUUCGCUGUAAACAAACGUAGAAACAGCAUCGAAGAGGAUGUUGAAGAAGAAGAGGAGGAGGAUGAGGAUGAAGAUUGGGAUGAGUUUGGAGUAGAAGCUGAAGGAGAAGGAGAUGAAGACGAAGGAGAGUUCUUGCCAAUGGAGAAGAUGAAGCGAUGGCUUGAGAAGAAGCCACGUGGGUUCGGUGUUGGUAAAAAGUACGAAACUUUGAUCGAAGACAAGCUCCUGGACGAGAUUGAGCAGAGCUGGAAAGCUCAAGCUGCUAAUCUCAACAAGCUCAAGAACGAUCCUCUCAAGCUUAAACGCGACGAUAAUCUCACCAAAGGUGAGACUCAAAGUGGGUUUCGUGUUCGUGUGACUAAUCUUCCUAAGAAGAAGAAUGUUCAUAGAGAUCUCAAGGGGGCUUUUAAGGAAGUGAGUGGGGUGUUGAAGAUAGAGCCAGCUGUGUCUGGUAAUAAGAAGACUAAAGAUCCUGUCUGUAAAGGCUUUGCUCUUGUUGAUUUCAAAAGCGAGGUUGAUGCAAACAGUUUUGUGGAGCAAUUCAAUGGACAGAAAUUGUCGUUUGGGAAGGUUGUAAAGCAGAUUAAAUGUCAGGUUGUGGAGUUUGCUUCAAGCCAAUCAGUUUCUGAGGAACUAUGCUCGGAUACAGUCUUUGAGGAGCUUCCUUUUCCUGGUUUGGAGACAGUUUCUAAUGUUGAUGUUGUUGUUGAAGAAGAUGCUAUUGUGGAGUCAUGGGAGGAAUCAUCGGAUGAUUCAGACGAAGAUGUUGAUGAAAUAGAAGUGGAAGAAGAAGAAGAAGAAGAAGAUGAGCUAGAUCUUAUCUCUGGUAGCAUAGAUAUUCCCAAAGAACCAAGGCGUCAUUCUAAGACCCAUGUAAGGUCUCAGAAACAAGUUGUAAAGAGAGAGACUAGAGAACAUAAGGAACUAGAGGCACCUUUAGUUUCAUUCCAAGCGGUGAGUAAACCGGAGGAAGCUGUAGCAGAAGCACGUGUGGAUGAUGAUGAAUAUGACAGGGCUGAUGAAGAAGAAGAAGCUGAUGAAGAGAAUCUUGAGCCUCUGAAAAGUUCAGUGGCAUCCUCAGAUGAGGAAAGGAUUGAUAGAAUCCGUAGGCUGGAGCUGAAGCUUCUAGGUAGAGAAAAGCUUUUGGGUGGAGGAUCCGACUCUGAUAAAUCUGAAUCUAAAACCGGUAGUAAAGUCGAAGGGAAGAAGAAGGAGAAGAAGAAGAAAAAGGUUCUUGUGAAAGGGAAGAAGUCCUCAACCAUAGAGAUUCCUGGAUCUUCAAAGAGGUUAAAGAUGAAGGAGAAGGCUCUGUUAACUGGUGUCUUGGUCAAGUAUGCAGCAAAAGUUGCUUCAACCUCAAAGGAUGAAUGAUCAUUAGUAGCAGAGUGAAUCUUUUAAGUGUUUAGUCUCAUCAUUUCUUUUUUUGACGUUUCAAUUCAUGGACAUUGCCUUAGAAAUGCAUCACUGAUGCGCAGGGUCAAGCAAACUUGGGUACAGAUCACUGUGGUUUAGAAUCCUUUGGACCCUUUUCUCUUGUAUGGUUUGUGCUUUUAUAAUAGAUUCGGGUUUGUUCCUUACCA